AUGAUCAAGAUUUUACCAUUAGAUCAAAUUUCUCAGAUUACUGUCUUCAAUUACUGGCAACUAAACUCGAUUCGUAUUGUAUCUGCAACCCCUUUAUUUACUAUGGGCAAGGAUUCUUCCAUUUGUUACACUGCACAUUUUGAUCUGGUCGUGAUCGGUGGAGGCUCUGGAGGUUUGGCAUGUGCAAAGGAAGCGUCAACGUUAGGAAAGAAGGUGGCCAUCGUAGAUCACGUAGAGCCAACUGUUCACGGCACAACAUGGGGAUUAGGAGGAACCUGUGUGAACGUUGGUUGCAUCCCCAAGAAGUUGAUGCAUCAAGCAGCAUUGCUUGGGCAAUCACUUCAAGAUGCUCGACACUACGGUUGGCAGUUACCAUCAUCGUCUUAUGAACAUUCGUGGGAAACUCUUAGAGACGGUGUACGAAAUUACAUAAAAUCUUUGAAUUGGGGUUAUAGGGUUCAGCUGAAAAACAAAAAGAUAGACUAUCUAAAUGGCAAAGGAACUUUUUUAAGUCGUCACGAAAUAAAAGUUGAUUUAAAAUCCGGUAACAACUAUGUAAUUGCAGUUGGCGGAAGACCUCGUAUUCCUAAUAAUAUCCCUGGAGCUCGUGAAUACGCGAUAUCAAGCGAUGAUCUAUUUUCUUUAGAUAAAGCCCCUGGAAAAGUUUUGAUCAUUGGAGCUGGAUAUAUAGCCUUGGAAUGCGCGGGCUUUCUUUCUGGUAUUGGUUGUGAUACGUCUAUCAUGGCUAGAUCAAUAUGUUUGCGUUCAUUCGAUCAGGAUAUGGUAUCUCUAAUAACUGAGAAUAUGGAAGAGGAAGGCAUUUCUUUUAUCCGUAAAAGUCAGCCUUUAAGAAUGUCUAAGACAACAGGUGAUAAAAUUGAAGUUGAGUACGAAAACACUGAAACUGGCUUGAAGAGCAUCGGCCUUUAUGAUAACGUAAUGUUUGCCGUCGGACGAGAUCCUACAACAGCGAGUUUAAAUUUAAAUGUCGCGAAUGUUAAAAUACAUCCCGAAAGUAAAAAGAUAUUAGCAGAAAACGAACAAACUACAUGUCCAAAUAUUUAUGCCAUUGGCGAUGUCUUGCAUGGAAAACCUGAGCUAACUCCUGUAGCCAUUCAUGCAGGCAGACUUCUUGCCAGAAGACUCUGCAAUGUGAGUUCAACACAAAUGGAUUAUGCACAGAUUCCUACUACGAUAUUCACUCCUCUGGAAUAUGGGUGUAUUGGAAUAUCAGAAGCAAAAGCAGAAGAACUUUAUUUUAAAGAAAACAUUGAGGUUUAUCACGCUUUUUAUCUUCCUCUGGAAUACGCUAUUACGCAAAGAGUCUGUAAACAAUGUUAUGUAAAGGCAGUUUGUCUUAAAUCAGACAAUGAGCGAAUAAUUGGAUUACAUUUCUUAGGACCUAACGCCGGUGAAGUUAUACAAGGAUUUGCAACAGCUAUGAAAUGCGGAGUUACAUAUGACCAAGUUGUAAAUACGAUCGGUAUUCACCCAACAUGCGCUGAGGAAGUUGUCAAACUUAGAAUAUCGCGCAGUUCUGGAGAGGAUCCAACAGUAACAGGCUGCUGA